AUGUCUUCCGUUGCUUCUCAAGAAAUGUCUUCUGUUGCUUCUCAAGAAAUGUCUUCCGUUGCUUCUCAAGAAAUGUCUUCCGUUGCUUCUCAAGAAAUGUCUUCUGUUGCUUCUCAAGAAAUGUCUUCCGUUGCUUCUCAAGAAAUGUCUUCCGUUGCUUCUCAAGAAAUGUCUUCCGUUGCUACUCAAGAAAUGUCUUCUGUUGCUUCUCAAAAAAUGUCUUCCGUUGCUUCUCAAGAAAUGUCUUCCGUUGCUUCUCAAGAAAUGUCUUCCGUUGCUUCUCAAGAAAUGUCUUCCGUUGCUACUCAAGAAAUGUCUUCCGUUGCUUCUCAAGAAAUGUCUUCUGUUGCUUCUCAAGAAAUGUCUUCUGUUGCUUCUCAAGAAAUGUCUUCCGUUGCUUCUCAAGAAAUGUCUUCCGUUGCUUCUCAAGAAAUGUCUUCUGUUGCUUCUCAAGAAAUGUCUUCCGUUGCUACUCAAGAAAUGUCUUCCGUUGCUUCUCAAGAAAUGUCUUCUGUUGCUUCUCAAGAAAUGUCUUCUGUUGCUUCUCAAGAAAUGUCUUCUGUUGCUUCUCAAGAAAUGUCUUCCGUUGCUUCUCAAGAAAUGUCUUCCGUUGCUACUCAAGAAAUGUCUUCUGUUGCUUCUCAAGAAAUGUCUUCUGUUGCUACUCAAGAAAUGUCUUCCGUUGCUACUCAAGAAAUGUCUUCUGUUGCUUCUCAAGAAAUGUCUUCUGUUGCUUCUCAAGAAAUGUCUUCCGUUGCUUCUCAAGAAAUGUCUUCCGUUGCUACUCAAGAAAUGUCUUCCGUUGCUUCUCAAGAAAUGUCUUCCGUUGCUACUCAAGAAAUGUCUUCUGUUGCUUCUCAAGAAAUGUCUUCCGUUGCUUCUCAAGAAAUGUCUUCUGUUGCUUCUCAAGAAAUGUCUUCUGUUGCUUCUCAAGAAAUGUCUUCCGUUGCUACUCAAGAAAUGUCUUCUGUUGCUUCUCAAGAAAUGUCUUCUGUUGCUUCUCAAGAAAUGUCUUCCGUUGCUUCUCAAGAAAUGUCUUCCGUUGCUACUCAAGAAAUGUCUUCCGUUGCUUCUCAAGAAAUGUCUUCCGUUGCUUCUCAAGAAAUGUCUUCCGUUGCUUCUCAAGAAAUGUCUUCCGUUGCUUCUCAAGAAAUGUCUUCCGUUGCUUCUCAAGAAAUGUCUUCCGUUGCUUCUCAAGAAAUGUCUUCCGUUGCUUCUCAAGAAAUGUCUUCCGUUGCUUCUCAAGAAAUGUCUUCCGUUGCUUCUCAAGAAAUGUCUUCCGUUGCUACUAAAGAAAUGUCUUCCGUUGCUACUAAAGAAAUGUCUUCCGUUGCUUCUCAAGAAAUGUCUUCCGUUGCUUCUCAAGAAAUGUCUUCCGUUGCUUCUCAAGAAAUGUCUUCCGUUGCUUCUCAAGAAAUGUCUUCCGUUGCUACUAAAGAAAUGUCUUCCGUUGCUACUAAAGAAAUGUCUUCCGUUGCUUCUCAAGAAAUGUCUUCCGUUGCUUCUCAAGAAAUGUCUUCCGUUGCUACUAAAGAAAUGUCUUCCGUUGCUUCUCAAGAAAUGUCUUCCGUUGCUUCUCAAGAAAUGUCUUCCGUUGCUUCUCAAGAAAUGUCUUCCGUUGCUUCUCAAGAAAUGUCUUCCGUUGCUACUAAAGAAAUGUCUUCCGUUGCUACUAAAGAAAUGUCUUCCGUUGCUUCUCAAGAAAUGUCUUCCGUUGCUUCUCAAGAAAUGUCUUCCGUUGCUACUAAAGAAAUGUCUUCCGUUGCUUCUCAAGAAAUGUCUUCCGUUGCUACUAAAGAAAUGUCUUCCGUUGCUUCUCAAGAAAUGUCUUCCGUUGCUACUCAAGAAAUGUCUUCUGUUGCUUCUCAAGAAAUGUCUUCCGUUGCUACUCAAGAAAUGUCUUCCGUUGCUUCUCAAGAAAUGUCUUCCGUUGCUACUCAAGAAAUGUCUUCCGUUGCUUCUCAAGAAAUGUCUUCUGUUGCUUCUCAAGAAAUGUCUUCUGUUGCUUCUCAAGAAAUGUCUUCCGUUGCUUCUCACGAAACGUCUUCCGUUGCUUCUCACGAAACGUCUUCCGUUGCUUCUCAAGAAAUGUCUUCCGUUGCUACUCAAGAAAUGUCUUCCGUUGCUUCUCAAGAAAUGUCUUCCGUUGCUUCUCAAGAAAUGUCUUCCGUUGCUUCUCAAGAAAUGUCUUCCGUUGCUUCUCAAGAAAUGUCUUCCGUUGCUACUAAAGAAAUGUCUUCCGUUGCUACUAAAGAAAUGUCUUCCGUUGCUUCUCAAGAAAUGUCUUCCGUUGCUUCUCAAGAAAUGUCUUCCGUUGCUUCUCAAGAAAUGUCUUCCGUUGCUUCUCAAGAAAUGUCUUCCGUUGCUUCUCAAGAAAUGUCUUCCGUUGCUUCUCAAGAAAUGUCUUCCGUUGCUACUAAAGAAAUGUCUUCCGUUGCUACUAAAGAAAUGUCUUCCGUUGCUUCUCAAGAAAUGUCUUCCGUUGCUUCUCAAGAAAUGUCUUCCGUUGCUUCUCAAGAAAUGUCUUCCGUUGCUUCUCAAGAAAUGUCUUCCGUUGCUACUAAAGAAAUGUCUUCCGUUGCUACUAAAGAAAUGUCUUCCGUUGCUUCUCAAGAAAUGUCUUCCGUUGCUUCUCAAGAAAUGUCUUCCGUUGCUACUAAAGAAAUGUCUUCCGUUGCUUCUCAAGAAAUGUCUUCCGUUGCUUCUCAAGAAAUGUCUUCCGUUGCUUCUCAAGAAAUGUCUUCCGUUGCUUCUCAAGAAAUGUCUUCCGUUGCUACUAAAGAAAUGUCUUCCGUUGCUACUAAAGAAAUAAAUGUCUUCCGUUGCUACUAA